GCUCAAGCGUUCGCGUGCUUGGUGCGAAGGCCCGCCGUUGCUCCCGCGAUGGCCGCCGCGCGUCGAGCGAGAGGGGCUUCCGCCCCCGCGCUGGCCGCUGCCCUGGUCGAGGCGGCGGUGCGCGGGGCGGUCUCCGCGAAGGCGCCGAGGAGGACGGUCGCGGCGGUGGCGCGCUCCGCGGUGUCGGCGGCUCUCUUCGAGCCGCUUGCGCCGCCCGCCGCCCGUGACCCUCCAGUCGGUGCACCGAGAGAUCAAGAUCUUCCUGCUGAAGGCCCUCCCGUGGCUGGUGCGGCGAAGCGGGCGCGGCGGCAGCGUCGCCGCCGUGCGCGUGCAGCGCGCAGGCAGCAAGAUCGAGCCGAUGGAGCUGGAGAGGCCGUUGGCGCUGGGGGCGCUCUGGAGCCCGCGGCGAUGGCGGUUGACGACGACAUCGACGACGAGUGGGCGGACGGCCUUCGCAGAGCAGGCGGUGGCCUGGCGGCGUCGGCGGUGGCUUCGCCUGCUCGUGUGGUAGAGGGUGCGGCUGCUGGAGCCGACGGGCGCGCUCUGGCGCAGCAGUCGGCGGAGGCGGGCGCCCCUCCCGUGGCAGUGGUGGCGGCGGCGGCGACGCUGGCUCCGGGUGCUGGAGGCUCGGCGGCCGCUGCCGUGGCGUGCGGCCCUCGGCCGGCUGCGGCCGGCGGUGCCGCGUCUGCUGGUACCCUCGUGUUCGACGCGGUGGGCGACGAGCGGAGGCGGGCCUUGCGGAGGCGGGCGGACGCGAUCAUCUACGGCCACGGUGGGGGAGGGUAGCGGCCUCCCCCUGUAUAUAAGUCCGCUCUAACUUCAGGCAUCGUCGUGCUGGUCUUCGAGGUGUCUUGUAGCUAUGCGGUGUCUCUGGCACCUCCCUCCGUUGCCAGUGAUGAUGCCUGCAAGACAGGCUUUUGGAGGCGUUGGCGUUGAUGUCAAAAAGAA